UCCAUGUUUCCUCCCCAUUUGCCGUACGUGUGAUCGUAGUAAACAACUCGAAACGGAAAAUGUACUUUUUGAAGUUUUCGCAGCGUUCUUUUGUCGUUUGUCGUGCGCCGCUUGUCACUCAACAUAAUUAAAUAUAUUUUAAAAACAAAGCGUAACAAAAAACCAGCAAACAAAAAUCGCAAAAACAAAAUACGCCACAGAAAAGGCAGAAUCUGCAUUACUCAUUGCUCAAUUAGAAUAAUUCAUUUGCUGACGCUUGUCUAACUCGCCGAAGGUGCGCGUGUUAAAAGAUAAAAAGAAACAAAGUCAACAGAAACAUACAAAAAAAAUAAAAUAAAAUAAGAUUUCAAAGAGAACAUUCAAAAAGAAAUUGCCUGAAAAGUUGGUCUAAAACUAAAGAAUUAUUUUMAUAUAUAUAAUUGCAAUUUAUUGUCACAGCUGUUGCACAACACGAAAAAAACGCGAAUGCAAUCGUUUGCCAAGGAGGGACGUCAGUGGUCGUGCGUUUUCUUCUGAUGUGUUUCGCGCUAGAAAAUCUUCACCCAGUGCAACUGCAAAGAAGCAUUAAAAGUAUGUUCCAAAUAUAAAACCCGAAUUAGUAGUCGAACGUGCGCCGUACCCGAUCUGUGCUGUUCUUAAAGUGUCCUAAUUAGUGAUCUUGCAGUUAACUCCCUUCUGAUUUAUGUGAUAUAUUUGCAAAAGUAACAAAAUACAAAGCAAAAACUUCAUUACAACAACAUGCUGCGURUUGAAAGAUUUGACUUUUUACCGUUACGGAGAGUAAUUGUCAUACUGCUUUUACUUGUCUUCGCGACACAAAAGAUCUGUGCUAAUAAUAGUCUCGCCGUCAACCGAUCAGUGCCUGCCUGUAAAUUACCACCGAUGCCUUUGCUCUGCGACAAUAAGCUGCACCGUUAUGCCUACAAUGCCGCUACCGGAAAUUGUGUGAGUCUCUAUACMAGCAGCUGUGCUACAAAUACAAUGACGAAACAUUUUCUCACCUUCGAGGAAUGUCGACGCGAUAAUAUGCCAAUAAUGCGCUAUUAAAUGAUGGUGCAUACCAAAAGUCCAUUUCAAAUACCGAUGAAAUAAAGGAAACAUUCCGAUUUGAAAAAAUCCUUUUAAUUUUAAUACGCACACUAAUAUAUAAAUAUUUAUAUUUUAAAAUUAUUUUAAA